ACUGUGUAUACUUGAUAUUUACGUACGUGUUACUUUGUUUUGUUCAGAUAAUUUUAUUUAUUAAAAGUUACAAAUACUUUUGCAAAUCAUUAAAUGAACCGUCAACUGACUCGUCUAAGUGAUUAUUGUCACGUGGACGAUCAUGGCAGAAAAAAGUGACAUGAACGGGGAACCCAAGUCGAACAGCAACUUGAGCAACGUCCGCGAGGCGGACUGGCCGGCAGUGCUGUUCUUCAUACACAUCCACUUGCUGUCUUUAUACGGGCUUUGGUUGCUGCUGUUUGAGGUGCAAUGGCUGACGGUGUUGUUUUUAAUGUUUCUGACCUCAAUCGCGGUGCUGGGCGUGACUGCCGGUGCACAUCGCCUUUGGGCUCACGGGGCUUACAAGGCGAGCCGAGGAUUGAGAAUCACCCUGAUGCUCUUUCAGACUAUGGCCGGCCAGGGCUCCAUUUACGAGUGGGUCCGGCACCAUCGACUGCACCACCAACAUUUUGCUACAGAAAACGACCCUUAUGACCACAACAAAGGAUUCCUUUAUGCGCACAUCCUCACUCGAUUGUGGAAACUUAGCCCCCAGCAGGAGAAACUGCGGGAGAGCAUCGAUAUGUCUGACUUGGAGAAGGAUGGAAUCGUCAUGUUCCAGAAGAAGAUAUACUGGUUAUUGUAUCCGAUACUGUUUUUGUUACUGCCGCUGAACGCUCCACUUGAAUACUGGAACGAUUCCAUCCUUAGCUCUGUGUUUGUGGUGGGAUUUCUGCGUUACGGGAUCGUUCUCCAUGCUUCGUGGCUCAUGGAGAGUGGCAUUAGUGUCUGGGGACUGAGGCCAGGACAAAAGUCUCCCCCGGAUUCCAACUCCGUGUUCAUUCUGUCCAAAACAUUUUGGCCACACUACCACUACUUGGUGCCAUAUGAUUACAAAUCGGGAGAAUAUGGUACUUAUGAUUCUGGAUGUACAACGGCCUUCAUCCGCGUUUUCGCAGCUCUAAGACUCGCAACUGACCUUCGGACUGUCGACACGGCUACACUUCAAAAGGCCAUGGCUAUGACAACCAAAACGAAACUCCCCUUACAAACCUGCUUGGAUACUUUGGCCAGUAAAAAAGCCAUCCAAGAAGAUCAUUUCCUUCAGAGAGGUUAAGUUUUGUAUUAAGUUUACUUGUACAAUUUUGUAAGAUUAUCCUUUUUUUUUUACUUAACUGUUUUUGAAUUUAACCUUACUCUUGUGAAGUGUAAAAAAAUUUUUUUUCUCCUUUUUCCUAUUUUUUCUAGCUAUAUGUUUUCCCGCGCAAACUGUAAUAGGGCAUGGCUUGAUUACUUAUUUAGGCAAUAAGCCAGCAACCUGUCUCUACUCUCUCCAUUCCAUUCCAUCUAGGCUUUCGAGUCUU